AUGUUGUGGCUUCAGAGGAGGAGGAGAAGGAAGAUAGCCUCCGAGUCUCCACCAGACGAACGUGAGCCACAGGAAAAACACAAAGCACAGAAUGAGAGCUGGAUCAAAUCUCACUUUAGCCGCCUUUCCGAAGAGAAGCUGGCCACCAGCAGCACCACCACCUCUGCCAGCAGCAGCACUGCCCCCUCCCAGCCCGACAGCAGCGGCGCUGGGGCCGGAUCCGUGAUGCGCGUGGAGACCUCCACCUCGAGGGAGCCCUUCACCAGCAAGCAGAAGACGCCUGGGUUCUCGGUGGUCAAAGAGAUCCACAAGGAGUCCUCGUCCACAGAUGAGGCUACGUGGGCUGCCGUGGCUGCUAGUACUAAGGAGAUUGACACCAAGGGACGGCAACUGGCUAACUCCAUGUUGCAGCGUGCCAUGGCUUACAAGAACUCAGGCCACUUGGAGUCCAAGGACAUCAACCAGGAGGAGCUGAAGGCCCUCCAGGAGGUGGAGAUAAAGCUGAAAAGCAAUUUCCUCACCCAGCGGGAAACCACUGUAGCUGGUGUGAACCAUACACACACCUUUCAUGGCCAUAGUCACCAUGGCCACCAGGAUCAUCCAAGCCAGCUGAGCCACCAGAGCCACAGCCUGCCCAGCCGCAGCCACCAGACCUAUCACCCCUUCGAAGCCACCUAA